AUGAUGAAGCUACUACAUCAUACUGAUCACGAUGAGGCUACUCGGAAUCACACUUCCAAUUCCCCUGACCCUGACCUCCCCGCCAAUCGAUCGGCAUUCCCGAUCGUCAGUGCCGUGGCCAAGGGUGUCAACGACACGGGCUGCAGAGUACAGAGCUUACAAGCUGUCUCCUCUAUCCAGGUCAUGCACUACGCAGGAUCUGAGCGCUUAUCUCGUCGAGUCGUAGCGGAGCCACCACCACCACCACUUUGUCCGCAGACCAGCAGUGGUGCAGGAGCUAAUGUAAUGUAA